CGUCUGCAGCGCCUAGCAACAGAGCGUUCAGUUUAUCCACCUCCAAGGCAGUAAUUAAGACAAAGUGAAGAACUUUAAAUUGAUUCAGUUACUCACCAACAAGCCAGUUGUUACUUUUGGCUAAUUCAGUAGCUAACGCAAUUUAAAUUUAACGUAAAAUUUGGUAGUGUAACAUUUAACAAUACUAGCUAGGUAGUGUUAGGCUAAUAAUAGCGAAAUGCUAAGCAUUUAGCUAGCUAACGUAGCGGCCGUUCGGAGCGCCAUUGAAAAAGCAAGUCAUAAUAUUUGGAGAAGAAAACUAAUCGAAGUGUGGCUUUAACUAUGAGUAGUUAACAGGUGAGCGCAGCUGAACAGCCUAAAUCCUAGUGUCAUAGUGAGCGAUGUGGAGGACCUGAAGUUACAGUAUCAAAUAGUGUAACUAGUGAAACGUGCCUUUUAUGCUGGCGGGAUGAAUACCCAUUUGACAGAGCUGAACACAGCACAGAGCAGACAGGAGUAUAUUGAUGCUGAUGACUGUUCUUCAAAAGAGGACAAUAAUGUCAACCCAGGCCCUGCAGGGACUCCUCUAUGGACAGGCCCCCCUUCAGAUGUCAGUCUGCCUGGAGUAGCUCCCCAUCAUCACCAGUAUAUUAUCCAGCCAGGGAUGGUGGACCCUCUUAGCUUAAGGUUCCCCUAUCCGUGUCAGUCCACUCACUGUCAGCUGAAUUACCCAGACUACCUUCUGGAGCCCCAGUCCAGUCAGUAUCACCUCCUCACUGACCCUGUUCCUGGUCCACCAGACCGCAGCCUUCACAGCUCAGGUUCUGCUCAUUGGUUUACUAAUGAACCCAUCCUCUGCAGCAUGAUGCCAGGGGAUUUACAUGCCCCUGUAUCCAGUAUCUGUGUACCACAGGCCGUGGACCAUCAGCAGUUUCAAGAGGGACUGACUGAAUUUACAUCCCACAUCCCACAGCAUGUGAUGUGUAAUGUAAGUGGAGGUGGACAGGUUGUGCUCGUCAACCCCUGUGAGCCAGGACCUGUGUUCCUUACCCUGAAAUCUGCCCCAACACAUACAGAUGACGGCCCAACUGCGGGUGAAGGUGAGGACUACUUCACAAAGAGUUUCAGGCUCUGCGGGAAUCCCUGGAGUCUCAGUCAGAAACAGGUGGUUGAGCUCGCGGCGGAAAACAAGGUCCUCAAAGGUUCGGUUAAAUCCCUCACGGAGGGAAUGACGCGGCUCUCGGCAGACAAUAAAAACAUUAGAGAAGCAAUCAUCGAUCUCCAGGCUCGUAGUAUGCGGGAUAAUCUGGUCAUUUCGGGUAUCCCGGAGCAGGCGGAUGAAGCCCCACAGACCGUUAAAAGCUUCAUCCAAAAUCAACUGAAGCUCCCGGCCGAGACCGUGAAGAACAUCAGCUUCCACCGGGUGCACCGCCUGGGAGGACGGCGACAGGAGAACCAGAGGCCCAGGCCCAUCGUUGCGAAGUUUGAACACUUCAAGCAGAAGGAACUGGUUAAAGGCCGCGGCAGGGAGCUGAGAGGGACCAACUUCAGCAUUAAUGACCAUUUUCCCCGGGAGAUCCUGGACCGACGCCGAGUCCUGUUCCCGAUAAGAAAGAGGCUUAUUGGAGAAGGAUCACGGGCUGUCAUCGCGGUGGAUAAACUUUACGUUGAUGGCCAGCUGUACCGCGACAGAGACACCACUCCUUGGCUCUACUAA